AGAAAGAAGAAAUGUUAGUAGAUGGAGAAGCAGGGCUUGAAAAUGAAAAGCAGGUAGCAAGUGGUCAAAAGCGUGCUCUGGAAUCGUGAAACAGUGACUUUCAUUUCAGAGCGCGUUGGAGAGGAGGACAGUUGAACAAUUAAAUCUCUCAGCCAACCACAGCUGAGCCUCAUUUAUUCCCUUCACCUUCAAAUAUGCUACUCUUUCAGUAUAUAUAGAUAGAUAGAUAUAAAUACCCUUACUCCUUCACUGCACCAAUACUCGGUCUCUUGUUCUUUCUCCAGCUGAUCAUCUUACAAUGGAAGUUCAUUCUAAUGGCGUUGUGGUUGUGUUUGCCUUGUGCAUUGCACUUGCCAGUUGUGGCUCGUUGGUAGUGGGGGAGGUUAAGGAUGACAAGCAUUUGAUUCAUCCACCACAUUUGUUAGGGCCUGGGAUUAUCAAGAGAGGGUUUAAGCGUAGUGGACUUGGCUUCGGUGCUGGUGGUGGUUUAGGAGGAGGAGGAGGCCUAGGUGGUGGCUUUGGUGGUGGUGCAGGUGGAGGAGGUGGCCUGGGCGGUGGCGGUGGCUUUGGUGGAGGUGCUGGUGGAGGCCUUGGAGGCGGUGUAGGUGGUGGCAUUGGCGGGGGUGGUGGUUUAGGAGGUGGAGGAGGGCUAGGUCAUGGUGUUGGUGGUGGAGCAGGUGGUGGUUUAGGAGGUGGAGGUGGGCUAGGUCAUGGUGUUGGUGGUGGAGCUGCUGGUGGUUUUGGAGGCGGAGGUGGUUUAGGAGGUGGAGGUGGGCUAGGUCAUGGUGUUGGUGGUGGAGGUGGGCUAGGUCACGGUGUUGGUGGUGGAGGUGGGCUAGGUCACGGUGUUGGUGGUGGAGGUGGGCUAGGUCACGGUGUUGGUGCUGGCAUUGGUGGUGGAGCUGGUGGCGGUGGCGGUCUAGGAGGUGGAGGUGGACUAGGUCAUGGUGUAGGUUUUGGCAUUGGAGGUGGAGCCGGUGGUGGUGGUGGGCUAGGUCAUGGAGUCGGUAGUGGCAUUGGCGGUGGAGUGGGUGGUGGAGGUGGUCUAGGUCAUGGUGUUGGUGGUGGCAUUGGUGGGGGUGCAGGUGGUGGCGGUGGCAUUGGAGGGGGAGUUGGUGGUGGUGUAGGAGGAGGGGGUGGUGCAGGUGGAGGAGGUGGAUUUGGCGGCGGUGGUGGGGUUGGAGGUGGUGUAGGUGGUGGAGGAGGGUUUGGAGCUGGUGGAGGAGGUGGAAUAGGAGGAGGAGUUGGCGGUGGUGGAGGGGGUGGAUUUGGGGGUGGCGGUGGUGCUGGAUUUGGUGGUGGAAUUGGUGGGGGCCACUAGAUUGAAUAUGGUAACCACGAGUCAUUCAAAUUGUUUUACUUUCCAUAUGUUUCUGUUAAAACGGCAGUUAAUUAAUGCGUAUAAUAUUAUUUCGGUUUAAGUUAUAGUGGUUGCUACUUGCUACUCUUCUAUCAGAUGAUGCUAUGCUAUAUAUAUAGGUCUUCUUGUUAGAAUUAAUUAUGCAUGGGAAACAAAGCUUUGUAGCCUGUAAUGUCUGCAUGUCUCUAUUAAUUUUUGGCAAUAAUAUAAUAUUGUUUUUAGUGGGGUGCAA